AUGGCAAGGAUCAUCUGGCGGAACAUCGUGGAACCGCCGAAGCUGAUGGGCCUGAUCGAGGAGCUGAAGCAGGAGGAAGCCCUGGCGAACGACAACAAGGAUAUGUUCGACAAUGAGAGGGAGCUAGAGCUGACAAGCGACGAGCAACAACAAUGGAACGACUUGCCGGCGCUGAAGCAAAAUGAGUUAAUGAAAGCAGCGACGCGGCUGCAUUGGAAUACUGGACAUCGACCACAGAGGGUGAUGAUCAGGAUCCUGCGAAGACGUGGGGCUUCAGCGACGACAGCCGCAGCCGUGAAGCAGAUCAAGUGCAGCUCGUGCAUUGAGAAUCAGAUACCAAGACCGAGACCAGCAGCUGUACUCGAGCCAGCUCGAGAUCUAUGGCAGGUGGCCGGCAUCGACGCGAAGGAGAUCGUGGGCAACGACCAGAUCAAGAGGAAGUACCUUGUAAUCGUGGACGAGGCGAGUAAGCUGACGCUGGCGGUCAAGAUCUUCUCAAUACCCGCUCAGGAGUCGAGGAACUGCACCGCCAAGGAGCUGCUGGAUGCGUUCAGAGGACAUUGGUCAGAUCGGCAUGGCAUGCCGAGCGUACUGAGGCUCGAUCCGGAAGGAGCAGUCGUGUCACACGAGUUCUACGACAGUAUUGCAGGUGAAGGAGUGCAGGUGGAUCCGUGUGCCACCCAGGCUCACUGGCAGAACGGCAUCGCGGAGCGUGCAAUCAAGACGGUGUUUGAGUGCGCCAAGGCCAUGCAUCGUGACCACGAGACCGACCUGGAGGCAGCUGUACAUGCGGCGGUGGAGGCACACAACACGGUUGAGAGGGUCGACGGCUACAGUCCGAGCCAAUGGGCCUUCGGACGAGACAAGAACUGGUCAGGGACUCUCAAGAAGGAGGACCACCUGGACGUCGUGAAGUGCACGAACCAGAGCUACAUGGAGAACCUGUCCAAACGGGUGCUGGCAUCAAAGAUCAUUGGACUGGAGAGUCUCAACAAGGGGGAGGUGAUUUCCGUGGAGAAAGAGGACGCGCCGAUGAACGAGGAGACCUACACACCGGAGACCACAGCUCGUGCACCAGAAGAUGGAGACAAGGAGGACCGCUGGGAACAAGGCUUCAGAUCCAAACCGGAGAAGACGACCAUGGAGAUGAUCACCGUGAUCAGGUAUGAGGACGGAUACGAGGAGACGGCCAAGGACGACAACUGGAACGUGCAUGGGAAGUCUACGAGGUCAAUGGGACGACGCUGGACUGGCAGGACCUUCCUGUUUCCCAUCACGGAAAAGCCAGAGGAGAUGAGGGUAGACCAGAACGCCAAGGAGGUGAUCCAUGAGAAGGCGAAGAAGAUGGUCGUGGAGCAGGCACCGGAGACCCAUGGGGACAAUGAGAAAGACCAGCCGUCGAUGGAUAACAUCGAGAGCGAGAAGGUAAAUAACACGAAACAGAGCUGCAGUGCCUUCUUCAAUGACAAGAUCGCGGACGGUGACCAGGUGGGCUGGGACAAGCUUGACUGGGAGAACUUCGACGUGGCGGCAUGGGCUGCGACGGAGAUCCAGGAGGACCUGGAGAUUCCGAUGGGAAUCGACUACAUCGAGGUAGCGUUCGAGGCGUUCGACGCGAACAGCAUGAACAAGUUCACGAGGCAGCCGGAGCAGCAUAUCACCAAGGCGAUGAAGAAAGAAAGGUCUGAGGCAAGCGUCAAGCACAUAACCGGCGAGCAGAAGAGUCUGAUGAAGGGGGCGAAGCUGGCCGAGGUGAGAGACUGGAUCGCCAACGACGUGUUGGAGAAGCUACCACCGCACAUCAAGCCGAAGUCGUCUGACGUCCUGAAGACGCGCUGGGUACUCACCUGGAAGAAGGGCGAAGCGACAGGGAUGCCAGACGACAAGCCGACCUACAUCGAGGCCAACGAUGAGCUGGCGGAGGAGUUCGGAGUACCUGGAGGGACGGCAGUGAUACUAAAGAAGGUGAAGCUGCAGAAGGCGUUCCGCUGGACUCCAUGGGAGGAAGGAAGCUUCAAGCAGACCGGACUAUCGGUCAUGCAGACGGCCAGCAGCGAGAUCACCAUGCACCAGAAGGAGUUCAUCGACAACAUCACCGAGAUCAACAUCGGACAGGAGCGUCGCAGACAACGGGACCAGAAGCUGACGGAUAAGGAGAUGACGAUGCUUCGGGGGGCACUGGGCGAGAUCCAGUGGGUGGCGACGCAGACGAUGCCGAAAUACCAGGCGCAGUGCUCAAUAUACCAGAGCAGUGGACCGACGGCGACAGUGGAGACGCUCUUCGGGAUCAACAAGCUGAUCAGACAGAUGAAGAACGACCACGGCUACAAGCUGAAGUUCGAGAGCUUCGAGGGAGAAGGAGUGAUCGUACGCUGGAGUGAUGCAGCCUGGGCGAAUCGACCAGACGGGCUCCCGACAGGAGGAUAUGUGAUCGGGAUUGGGCCAGCGGACAUCCUGAACGGCAAGCGGGCCCCAGUUGGCUGGGUUUCACAUCGCAGUGGUAAGCUACAGCGCGUGGCCAGGAGUUCGUUGGCGGCCGAGGUUCAGGCGCUGACAGUGACAGAGGCCGAGCUUUUCAUGGUGAGAAUGAUGUGGGCCGAGCUGAAUGGUUUUGCAUCGGACGUGGCCGUGGGAACCGCGAGCGAGAGCAAGACGACUAAGCCGAUGCUGGAGGGCGUGAAGCAGGUGCGAUCGUGCCUGUGCGUGGACGCUAAGAGCAUCUACGACUGUCUGGCCAAGCAGGUGCAGACGCAGAGCCUGGCUGAGAAGCGGACGGCGCUCGAGCUGAUGGCCUUCGAGAAGUGCAUCAACGAGACAAAGUUGAUCGUGCGGUGGUGCCACUCCGAGGCCAACCUGGCCGACAGCUUGGCAAAGACGACAGCUACGGGGCCCAUCGACCUGUACAUGAAGACGUGGAGCUGGGCACUGGUAGACGACGACGAGCAGCUCAGUGCCAAGAAGCGUAAGGAGCGCGGGAUGAGCAGGUUCGAGAACAACAAGGAUAUCUCUGGCCUCAUCAAGAUGGCAUUCAUGAAGAUGGGAGUGUCGCUACCAGAUGCAGCAGACGGGGAUGACAAUGAUGAUGAUAACCUGAUAGCGAGUGAACCUACAUCCUAUGGCUGA